AAUUUGCUAUCAGACGGUGUUAGAACUCGCAUACCGGGGCGGGGAAGCGGAGAAAUUCGCCGAGUUUGGUGCUGGCCACCUUCACCUCUCCUGAUUAUUUAAAAAAAAUAAUUCUGUGGAAAACGAUCGAUUGGCGGACUGGAUUCAGCAAUGAUAAAAAAAAAAAACACGUCGCGCGCUGGGUAGAAGUCUCACGGGCCGGUACUUUCAGAUUAGUUGCUAUCCGUCUAAUCUUUUACGUGAUCUCUGGCAUUAAAUCGCAAUAUUUUGUGUCCCGUUUGCAACCAGUACGGUACGCAAUUUGCCCUUUUUUUAGUAUCCGGACAGCGCUAUUGACUGGAAACCCCUCGCUCGAAAUAUUUUGUUUUCGGUGACAUGGGGGAAGGCGCGCAGUGGCGUCCAUUAUUUCUUCAAACUGAAAAAUCAACCCUGACAUUGAGAAUCCUGUGCUAAUACAAGAGAUAUGCUAACAUUCACACGAACUAUGUUAACACUUGAUGUGUCUGGUGAGCAAAGGACGAGACUUAUUUCAUGCGACUAACCAAAUUAAUAAGAAUUAAUUGGAUUCUUCAUGUUUGUUUGUGGGGCUAGGAGCUCUUCCUCUUAAGGCGGCAGCAUAGGCGUUAUAACUUGCCGACAGAUGCGGCGGGGUUGGCGGUAGAAAAAAUUACGCAAUUUGACCUGUGUUUUCGAAUCUACACUGCGCAAUCUACUACCUUCCCCCUCUCGGCAAAUUUUGUCAUCGGAUUAUUACACCCUGAAAGUGGCAACCCUAUCUCUAAUAAUCCAUAGGUUAUUAUUCACAGGAACCACGUCACUGACGCUUGCUGUAUGAAACAUCCUGAACUUUUGGUGAAGUCUGAACCCAGCGAUGACCCAGUCACCCCUAACCCAAGUGUUACGGAUACCUCGCCAGCUGAAUCUGAAGCCAGCUCUAAAUGGGUUGUGGUUCCAGUACCAAUGGAUACUCGUCAAGUUGCUCUUACAGACAGCAUUGUAACAUACAUUGUAAAUGGACUCCUUCCCCUCUCUACUGUAGAAAAUAAGGAUUUCAUUGCAGUUUUGCAGUUGGCUGAACCAUUCUUCACAAUGCCUUCUCGGAGAGACCUCACCCAGAACCUCAUUCCUCAGCGCACCAUUGCUGUUAAACUUAAUUUAAUUAAUCUGAUACAAAGCACAUCCGAUAUUUGCCUGACUGUGGAUCUGUGGUCAAAUCGUUCCAUGAGGUCAUUUUUUGGCAUGACUGGUCAUUUCAUUUCAAAUUUUACAUUGCACAAUGUAAUGUUGAGUUGCCAGCGAUUCCGAGGAAGGCAUUCAGCAGAUAACAUUUGUGCAGUGUAUGAGGAUAUUUUAUCAACUUAUGACAUUAAGAACAAAGUAUCAUUCAUUGUGACCGAUAGUGCAUCAAACAUGAUAAAGGCAUCCAACCUUUUCCCACCCAUAACUGUUGUUGAUGGUGAAGAAGAGGAACAGGAUGACACAUCUGAUCUUCAUGUGGUGAACAUUGAUGAGGAGAUGAUGUACUUCCCUCCAGAAAGAAGUCCAUGCUUUGUCUACACAUUGCAACUUGUGGUUCGUGAUGCCCUGGAUCAAGUUGGUUCUGUAAAAAACUUGCUAGGCAAAAUUCAAAAACUCGUGACUUUCUGCUAUAAGUCUCCACUGGCUUUUGAGACUUUAGGAGAUUACAGAAUUCAUCCUGGAAAUGCUACACGCUGGAAUAGUCAAUUGAAGAUACUAAAGUCAGUCCUUAAUAUUCGCAGUGAUGUCCUUGGUCAGCUGGAGUGCCCUGUUCAGCUGUCACCCACUGAAUUUAAAAUCAUACAGGAACUAUGUGUUGUGCUGGAGCCCUUUGAGGAGGUGACAGACAGGUGUCAGGCAGAGAAAGUGGUAACCUCCAGCUUGGUGAUUCCGUGUGUUCGAGGCUUAAGAUAUGCAGUAAAAAACAUGAAGAUGACUGGCAACAACAACUUGGUGUCCAUUCUCCAGAGCUUGGUUGAGAAGCAUCUUGCAAAAUUUGAAGAAAUACAAUGCUUUCAGAUGGCUUCCAUUCUUGACCCAAGAUUCAAACUGGACUGGUGUAUUGGUGAAGAGGUUAACACCAUGAAGGAUCUUCUCAUGGGAAAAGUUGAGUGUCUCUCCCCAAAACUCAGUGCUGGAUAUAAUGACUGUAGUGACCAACCAAAGAAACGUCCCAAACUUUUUUCCUACAUGGAAAGCCAAAGCAGUUCCUCAGCUGUUGCCAAAGCUUCACAUGAUGUCAUUGUGUACCUGAGUCAACCAUGUUUGGCAGAGGAUGUUGACCCUUUGGCCUACUGGAAAGGAAACCAAACCGGCUUUCCUGAGCUAGCACAACUUGCCUGCAAAUACCUUGCUAUACCAGCUUCCUCUGCACCUGUUGAAAGAAUCUUCAGUGCAGCGGGAAAUAUUUUCAGACCGGAACGUUCCAAUCUGAAUGAUAAAACCUUUGAAGAUCUUUUGCUGAUAAAAUGUAACAGUACUGAAUAAUGAAUUGUUUAUUGGAAUAAAGCAUAAUUGUAUUUGCCAUGAUGUUUUGCUUUUUGUUAUAAUGCAAUAAUACAAUUUAUACUCAAGAAAAUAAAUGAGCUACUAUGUGAAAUAAUUCUUUGUGGCCCCGCAUGCUUUGUGUGCACUGAUGGAAUUGGCUAAAAGUUAUACACAAUUUUUCUUACAACCAUUCCAAUUCCAAUUUACCCACAUAAACAACCUCUGAACAUAUAUCUGCUGUCUUGAAAGUCAAUCUGUUAUUUAAUUCUUUAUGUUUUGCUUGAUUAAAUGACAUUCCUGUGCUGUGUGA